AUGUCGUCCUCCCGGCAGCCACUCUACCUCCGCUGUGAGAUGAAGCCGGCCGAGCACCGCGCCGCGCUCACGCCCAACACUGCAAAGGCCCUCAUCGACGCCGGCUUUGACAUCACCGUCGAGUCGGACCCGCAGCGCAUCUUCCGCGACGAAGAGUACACGGCCGUCGGAUGCAAGAUUGCGCCCCACAACACCUUCCACUCGCUGCCCGCCGAGGUCCCCAUCAUCGGACUCAAGGAGCUCGAGGAGCCCGGCCCGGAUCUGCCCCACACCCACAUCCAGUUUGCCCACUGCUACAAGAAGCAGGCCGGCUGGGUCGACGUCCUGGGACGCUUCAAGCGCGGCGGCGGAAAGCUCUACGACCUCGAGUUCCUCGAAGACAAGAACGGCCGCCGCGUCGCCGCCUUUGGAUGGCACGCGGGCUUCGCCGGCGCCGCCCUCGGUCUCCUCGCCCUCGCCGAGCAGGUCCAGGGCGCCGACCGCCGCCUCGGCGCGCAGAAGGCGUACCCCAACGAGCAGGAGCUCAUCGCCCACGCAAAGCAGCAGAUUCAGCACAUCCGCUCCUCGCGCUCCGACGGCAAGGUCAAGGCACUCGUCGUCGGUGCCCUCGGCCGCUGCGGCCGCGGCGCCAUCGACUUUUUCGAAAAGGCCGGUGUGGCGUCCGAGGACAUUGUCCGCUGGGACAUCCAGGAGACGUCGGCAAAGUCGGGCCCGUACCUCGAGCUGCUCGACGUCGACAUCUUUGUCAACUGCAUCUACCUCAACCAGAAGAUCCCCCCUUUCCUCGACCAGCCCACCAUUGCCCAGGCCGGCAGCCAGAGGAGGCUGGGCGUUGUCGUCGACGUGAGCUGCGACACGACCAACCCCAACAACCCGCUGCCCAUCUACGACAUCAACACCACCUUUGACAAGCCCACCGUCGACGUCGACACGGGCAGCGGCAACCCGCCGCUCACCGUCAUCUCGAUCGACCACCUGCCCACGCUGCUGCCGCGCGAGUCGUCCGAGGGCUUCAGCCAGGACCUCCUGCCCUCGCUCCUCCAGCUGCCCCACGUGCUCGGAAAGGACACGACCAAGGACGCCGACUACGAAGAGGGCAAGGGCGCCGUCUGGCAGCGCGCCGAGAAGCUCUUCCGCCACCACCUCGCCUUGGCCGAGAAGGAGGGCGCGUGA